AUGCCUUGCCAGAGGAGGGUGCACUCGACGUACGAGUACGCGAGAAGCCAAGACCCGACCAGGAUGCACCGGGACAGCUUGGAGAAAUUAGAUAUCCAGCGGAGGAUGAAUGAGUUAUUCAACCUAGCUGACAAUAACUUCAUUCGUAGUGAUGACCGGAUGCAUGCCUUCAUGCUAGGCCGACCAGCUCCUAAGAUAGGAGAUAUUGACCGGUGCACGGUGUAUGUGUCGCUGGCACCUGGUAUGGACCAUCCUGCUGGGGUAGACCCACCAGUAGACAAUGCUGCUCGAUGUCUUGAAUACACCAGUAGCGACGAGGACCAGAGCCGUCCAGCGUCGACCACAGAUGACAGAGUAGCUGGGAAAAGGCCGAUGGCUGUGGAGCCAUCCUCCACGGAAGCAAUUCCAGCGGGAACGGCUGCGGACCCUUCGAUGGGCCAAGGCUCGACCAGCCAUGCCCCCAAGCGUCGCUGGCUUGUGAGGAUUGUCGACGACGACAAUAAAGAGGACGAGACGACCCCGUCCUUGGUCCGGAGACCACGCAGUCGCCCUAACGUCGCGCCGAUCGAUGUUGAUCGGGUAAUCAGGGACCCUCCUGCCGCGCACGUCGAGCCGAUACGUCCUGGAGGAACAGAAGCCGCCGCGACGGCUACGCGGACCAGGAGAAGUGUGGCCUCGGAUGUUGAUCCAGGUAACACUGCUGGCUUGAGGACAACCGAGUCGGCAGUUGCUGAUGACAAUGCCGCCGAGCAGACCGUCCGCGAGCAGUCGGCAGAGCAGACCGCAGUUGCGGCCACGACAGAGGUUGCCGAGGAGGAACCGGCCCAAGACGAGGCCAGGACGAGCACCCUGGCAAGGGGCAAUGAGACCGCGGGGAUGCCUCUCCCGAGCAAUGUUGCAGAGGAGGGAGAUAGGAUCCCGACCCCCCUUCCAGCUGAAGAAGAGAGGGGUCCAACUCCAGCCCCAGCACAGGCUUCCACGCCGGAGGGCUCCCCUAGCCAGGGUAAGGGUCCUAUGAUACCCGUUGCCGUGGCUGGGGGUAGCACGGAGGGCGAAGAGGCCCGCACGGCCUCUGAUGACGAAGUGGAGGAGAUCCAGGGGUGUCCCCACGAUGGUCACCAACACAUUUACGUGUGGCACCAGCAUGGGGACCACUAG